UACUUUAUAGCAUAUCAUCUUUUUCAUAUGAGUCAUCUACGAUCAGCCCUUAUCGUUGAAUACAUUGUCGUUGCGUAGUGCGAUGAGUGCAUAUUAUUGCUGUACGUAAACGUAUACAUAAAUUAUGUUUAUAUGUUGGAAAUGAAGUGUGCAAAAAGAGUUAGCUUCGGAUGAAAGAUUAUAAUAAAUAGAGCAACUUAACAAAUUGUAGGUGACGUGCAUAACAUUUUUAAAACACAAUUCUCAUAGAAUUGCCUUCGUAAACAAGGCGCCAUGAUGUUCUUGCAACGCCAUAAUACUGUUAUACGACGUUUCGUUCUUUCUAUGAUAAAUAUUUAUAAUUAAAACUGCAUGUAAGAUACGAACGAAAUCAGUUACUUUUUGUGUACUUUUCUACAUUGUAAUAAUCUCUGGCUAUCUGAUUUUGGUGAGUACGUGUAAAAGUUAGUGACUUCUUCCUAAAAUUCUGAAAGUUCUCGGUACUAUUGCUUAUUGCAAAUACCCUCAUUCUACCACGAAAAGGAGUGAAAAAGAUAGAGAUUGGAAGACAGAGAAAAGUCGUAGUGGAAGAGAAAAAGAGAGAGAAAUAUUAUGUACGUUACGAGUGGCUGUACUGUAUUACAAGAAAAUUUGCUCAGAUAUUUAUCGUGUUCGUAGAAUUGUUGUCAUCAAGAAUACGAUAAACUCAAGGUGAAAAUCGAUAAAUUCAUAGAUAUUUUUAUUUGAUUGUGAUGGCGAGAGGUUGGCGUCAAGAAUGUAGUAACAGGAGUGGGAGAUUGUAGUAAAAACAAUGCUGGAUCGCUAAGCAAGUUCUGCGUUGCUACAAAACGGAAACUGUAAAAAAUUCAUACAUAUAGUUUACAUAUUACAGUAUUUUUAACAUGGACGAUGAAGAAGGAUCAUCAAGUUCUGGACCUAUGUCUUCAUUGAACAGUUUGUUUUCAUUUACUAGUCCUGCUGUAAAAAAGUUACUUGGCUGGAAACAGGGUGAUGAAGAAGAAAAAUGGGCAGAAAAAGCAGUUGAUUCAUUAGUAAAAAAAUUAAAAAAGCGGAAGGGUGCAAUAGAAGAAUUAGAACGUGCUUUGAGCUGUCCAGGCACUCCUAGUAAAUGUGUAACAAUUCCAAGAAGUUUAGAUGGUAGAUUGCAAGUUUCACAUCGUAAAGGUUUGCCGCAUGUAAUUUAUUGUAGAGUAUGGAGAUGGCCAGAUUUGCAGUCACAUCAUGAAUUAAAACCAUUGGAGUUAUGUCAGUACCCUUUUUCUGCUAAACAAAAAGAAGUUUGCAUCAAUCCUUACCACUAUAAAAGAGUGGAGAGUCCAGUGCUCCCACCUGUAUUAGUUCCUAGACAUUCAGAAUAUGCUCCUGGACAUUCAUUGUUACCAUUUCAACAAAUAGCAGAACCAACAAUGCCACAUAAUGUGUCCUACUCCUCUAGUGGAUUUAAUGCUGGAUCUACUGGUGGUGUAAAUCCAACAUCACCUAUGUCUUCUGUUGGAUCUGUUCCCAGUCCAGGAAGCACAACAUCACCAAAUCCACAAAGUCCAUAUGGUACUAAUGGGCUACCAGAAACUCCUCCUCCAGCAUAUUCUCCACCUGAAGAUGGUUCACAACCUGGACAAUCACCACCACCUGAUCCAGUAGCAAUGGAUACAAGUGGAUCAGCUGAAGUAGCUCCAGUAUGUUAUCAGGAACCACCUUAUUGGGCCUCCAUUGCAUAUUACGAAUUAAAUUGUAGAGUGGGUGAAGUUUUUCAUUGUCAUUCUCACUCUGUUAUUGUGGAUGGUUUUACAAAUCCAAGCAACAAUUCUGAUCGUUUUUGCCUUGGACAAUUGUCCAAUGUAAAUCGUAAUUCUACUAUUGAAAAUACAAGGAGACAUAUAGGCAAAGGAGUACAUUUAUAUUAUGUAGGUGGUGAAGUUUAUGCAGAAUGUCUUUCUGACUCUGCUAUAUUCGUACAAUCUAGAAAUUGUAAUCAUCAUCAUGGAUUUCAUCCUAGUACUGUUUGUAAGAUUCCACCAGGAUGUUCAUUGAAAAUAUUUAAUAAUCAAGAGUUUGCCCAAUUACUUUCACAAAGUGUUAAUCAUGGUUUUGAAGCAGUUUAUGAAUUAACAAAGAUGUGCACUAUAAGAAUGUCAUUUGUUAAAGGAUGGGGUGCUGAGUAUCACAGACAAGAUGUUACAUCUACUCCUUGUUGGAUUGAAGCACAUUUACAUGGACCCUUACAGUGGUUAGAUAAAGUGUUAACACAAAUGGGUUCUCCUCAUAAUGCUAUAAGUUCUGUAUCAUAAUUUGUGCAUCAAAUUUAAUAGCAAAGGGAGAAAAUAGUGAACUGUAGGAAAAUCUGAUGAUUCAAGAACAGUUUUUAAUAUUAUCAUAUAAACUAGUUAUUGUAAGAGAUUUAUGAAAGUAUCAGAGAAAGUGGUAAAUGAAAAACUGCCUAAUGAGAUUUUUCUCAUGUGAGUACACUGAAACUAAUACGAUUAUGAAAAUAAAGGGUUACAAAAGUUCGUAAUUAUUGAAAGUGAUCCUUAUGAAAGAAAUUUCGGAGAUUACAGUGUACACAUAAAAGCUGUACAAUUUUUUGGCUGUUAAAUAGGAGAAGAAUUAUAGCAGAAAAAAUAUGUGUUAUAUAUGAAGAAUCAUAUUUUUCAAAUAUAUUCAAUUACACUUAUAUAUAAUACGUUAUUUUAUAUGGAAAAUUGUUAUGAAAAUAUGCCCUAAUGCUAUAUCACGAAUGCUUCAUUAAAUUGUUUCGAGACUUAUACUGAAAUCUACAUAUGCGUAGUUAAAGAACAAAUCAACUGUAAUUAAACAAAAGACGAUUACUGAAUAAUAAUAUACGAGAAUGAUUCAGAAUUACAUCAAAUAACAUUUUAACAUUUAUAGUUUUGAAUACAAUAUGCAUGCUUCUGAAGCAUUUGAUUUAUGCCUAAACAAGUCUUAGAAUAUUUAAAUUCAUUACUAUUAAGAUUAUAAUCUAAGUGUAAUUAAUUUUAAUUUUACUAAUUGUAAUACAAUUAAUAUUUUAAUAUAAACAUCAGAUGCUGAUCUCACGUUAACAUUUGAAAGUUAACUGUAUCUGAUGACAUAUUGGAAUAUUAACUUUGAUAAUGCAUAUAAAAAUAUUUUUUGCGCAACGUUUCCUAAUAUUCGCGAAAUGUAAGCCUUUGGAUGUAGCCUUAUAAGAAAUUAAUGUGACAACUAACAUAAAGUCAUCUACUUACUACUUGUCAAAUUGAGAGUAAUAUAAGACUUAUGUGUUAGCUUUGCACUUUUCAGAAGUGUUUACAAAUUUCAGGCUUUGACAGAAGUUUAUGUACAUAUAAAAAGUAUACUAUUGUAUGAUGUUAUAUACAAUUCAAAUAAUUGGCAUUACAUUCGAUACAAACCAUAUGAAAAUCUUGUGAAUUGAAUUCUGAAAAGUGCCAAAAGUGUAUGUAUAUAAUGCCUUUCAUUUAAAUCAUGUCGAAAAUUAUUUUUGUUGAUCGUUAAUAGGAAACUUAAGCCAAUGGAGAAAGAUUUACUUAGAAAAUAUUCGGUUACAAAAGAUAUUGCUUGUUUUAUAUAUUUUACUGAAUAACAUGCAAAUUUUAUAAGAACAUUAUAAUAGUGAGCAUAAGAAUUAUAUAUCACAUACACAUUCAAUAAUGAGCUGGGAAGGUCAUAUGAAUACUUAGUUGAGAUUAAAUAAAAUUAAAUCAAUGGAAAGUGUUAUGCAUUGAAAUUUCAUUACAAUCAACGCUCAUGUCUGUGUCUUUACAUAUUUAUAACAGAACAUUAGCUUCAUGAUGUAGACGUUUAUUGUAUGCAUCGAUUCUCAUCUUAAUUUUACAUUAAGAUACGCAGGUAUUGCUGAAGAAACACAAAUCUCAACUUAAUGUUACUAUUGGAAAUACCUAUAAUAUAUAUUCGAAUGAUCUUCUGGCUUGCUGAUAAACUUACGAUUAUAAUUCAGAUUAUUUUUAUGUAUAUCUUAUGAAUAUUUCAAUUGUAAGUGAAUGAAGAAAGUAUACGGAUCAUAUAACUUUAACGGAGAGUACUUGAGAACUGGAACAGAAGUCACUGCCGCUUGCUGUUACUUAUUUGCCGAUGUACCUAGCUGUGAUUGUUUGCUACCAAAUUUAGCAAAUUACGUAUGGGUGAUCAACGAUGGUAAAAGUAUUUGCUUUAUUGAAUCAAUGAAGAUGAAGAUAUGUAUUUGAAUUUAAAAGCAUAAUCGUACAAGGAAAUAUGACAAUAACGCUUUAAAAAAAAAUACGAUGAAUAAAAAUAUUCAAUCAAAGGAACAUUUAUCGUACCACGUACCAUUUUUUCGUGAUCACCUGUAAUACCUAUUUAGUUGAAAAAAAGAAAGAUAAUAAUAAUAAGAGAAAAGUAUUUUUCAUCGAAAUGAUGCUGUAAUUGGUAUAGAUAAUGUCUUAAAAUAAUGUAAACCUGUUAACAGAAAUGUGGAUUAAUGUUUUAGGUAUAUCGAGCUUGUAGCACUCGUAACGAGCACAAUGCUUUAUCGCAAUAUGUAUGUAUGAAUAGCUAUAUAUGUAAUAACUAUAUUUAGAGCUUAUAUUCUUUGUUGGUAUCGUUUUCAAUUUUUUUACUGUUAAUUGACGCACCAUAUAUUGCAAAUCUCAUUUCCAAAUCACCUGACAUUGCUUUUUAAUUCCUAAGUUUUACAGAACUGGAUAAGAGCUUAAUGAGUAUUGCAACAACAACAUUAUCAUGCUACAAUUUAUAUACUUAAUUAUGUGCCGCCCAAGUUGUGCCUUGGAUAUCUUUUACACAAUAUAUUUCAAAUAAAUAUACAAAUAUGGAAUGAAAAUUUGCUACAAUGUGUAAUGAAACAAAUGUAUUGUUUGUCAAAUAGUGCUUACAUAUAUUUUGAUCGUAUAUUAUGUGCAAAGUCCACUGCCUAUAAUGAGAUUCCUAAAUGCAUAAAUAUAUAUUUAAAAAUACAAUAGUUUUAUAGAAAGAAAUGUAUAUAGAUUAUCAUGAUUGGUGAUUUGGGAAAGAUUUGUGAUUAUUUUAGAUGUCAGUCAGUGUAAAUAAAUUCUUUUAGCUGUAAAAAAACAUUUACAAAAUCCAUUCCACAUAUAUCAUGUAGAUCCGAUAGCUACGGGCUUUCUCUUUAAUAUUUUCUUUACGUCUUUUAGAGUGUCGGUAUCAUUGUAUAUCAUUCUAGACGAUGAUCGUGAUAAUAAAAAACAUAGCUAUUUAUCAUCGAAAGUACGAUAUCAAAUAAAUUCUGUUGCAGAAUCAUAAAGAUUAUCAACAGAAAUAUCGAUCAGAUAUAGCUAAACAUGAUUAAAGCUACAUAAAUUUCUUUAUCCUUGAAACUAAUAUCAUUCGCACAUAUAGAAAUCUUCAUACUUUCGAUGAUGUAACAGCAGAUGCUGAUUUAUUGUAGCAAUCAACAUUAUGAUAUCGUACAGCUCUGCUAUCGUUAUUAAAAUUAUGAAAUUCUUUAAGAGAGAGUUCGCACAUAUUAGAAUAUUAUCAGAAAAAUGUACUCUUGUUUCCUCUGUCAAUCUUUCGAAACAAAGUCAGACUUUGUUUGAUGAUUCAAAAAUUUUCAUUUGUGCUACUGUAUCUGCAUUUCUGGUAAUUACUGUGUUGUGCAGUUACCGAGUAUAAAUAAAAAAUGUUUCCUAUCUGUGUAUCUAUGUGCAACGAAAA